AGCGGCGGCGCUGCGCCUCCGCUGCGCUAUAAAUCCAAGGUGGAAGCGCGCAGAGCAGCAGGAAUGAACAACAAUAGCCAGCUGCAGAGCGAGCUCGCCUUCACACACUCUGUUCAUCUCUUCAUAUUCUUCUACACUUAACAGCAGGUGACAGGUCAGGGAAAUGGCCACCUCAGUCAGUUCUAAGCUGAACAAAGCUCUGAAGCAGCAGUACAUGAGUCUUCCCCAGGGAGACCGGGUCCAGGUCAUGUACAUUUGGAUCGAUGGGUCCGGGGAAGGCGUGCGAUGCAAGACCCGGACAUUGGAUAGCGAGCCCAAAACAGUCGACGAGCUCCCCGAGUGGAAUUUCGACGGCUCCAGUACGAACCAGUCCGAGGGCUCCAACAGCGACAUGUUCCUGAUCCCGGUGGCCAUGUUCAGGGACCCCUUCAGGAAGGACCCCAACAAGCUGGUGCUCUGCGAGGUGCUCAAGUAUGACCGAAGUCCGGCAGAGACCAACCGACGCCACACCUGCAAGCGGGUGAUGAGCAUGGUGCAGAACAGCCACCCCUGGUUUGGCAUGGAGCAGGAGUACACCCUGCUGGGCGUAGAUGGACACCCCUACGGCUGGCCCUCCAAAGGGUUCCCGGGGCCACAAGGGCCGUACUACUGCGGAGUGGGGGCAGAUAAAGCGUACGGGCGAGACGUGGUGGAGGCGCACUACAGAGCCUGCCUGUACGCCGGGGUCCGGAUCUGUGGGACCAACGCCGAAGUCAUGCCAGCACAGUGGGAGUUUCAGAUCGGACCUUGUGAAGGAAUCAACAUGGGGGACCAUCUGUGGAUCGCUCGCUUCAUCCUUCACAGGGUCUGCGAAGACUUCGGUGUUAUCGUUUCCUUCGACCCCAAGCCAAUCUCAGGGAACUGGAAUGGCGCUGGCUGCCAUACCAACUUCAGCACAAAGGAGAUGCGGGAGGACGGAGGCGUCAAGGUCAUCGAGGACGCCAUCGAAAGGCUGGGCAAGCGACACAAGUACCACAUCCGGGCCUACGACCCCAAGGGGGGGCUGGACAACGCCAGGCGCCUCACCGGGCAUCACGAAACCUCGAGCAUCGACCUGUUCUCGGCCGGCGUGGCCAACCGCGGGGCCAGCAUUCGCAUCCCCCGCACGGUGGUUCAAGACGACAAGGGCUACUUCGAGGACCGCCGUCCGUCCGCCAACUGCGACCCCUACAUCGUCACGGAGGCUCUGGUUCGCACCUGUCUGCUGAAGGAAGAGGGUGACGAGCCCACAGAUUACAGCCGAUGAGCGGUCCGAGGCGCCGUUAGCAGUACUGUACUCGCCGUGGCGUCCGCUUUUCAAGACGCCACACCUUCACCUUUACCCCUUCACUCCUUUUCUACUCAAAAAUCGAAAGCAAUGAUUCAGCGUCCAGUCCUCCACGGCGCCUGACUCAACCACUGCCUUUUUUUUGUCUUAGUGUCACUAGCUGAUGAUUUGUAUAAAUUAAUACAGACGUUUUAAAUUUUUGUGAAUGGAAAUCCUCUGAAAUGAAAUGGCAUUGUUUUCACUGCAGCUCUUUUUACUCUUGUCCAAAGGAUCUCCGAAGGCGAUCGAAUGUAGUCUGUGCCUCUGCCACAAUUCCUGUUCGAUCAUGUUGUGAUUCAGUAAAAUCACUAUGGAAGCUACUUUUCUAUUGAUCUGUUUUUGUUUUUUAAAAUGAUGCAUGUGUUUUAUGUCUCUUUUUCAAAUUGUAAUAAUCAAACUUUAAUAAACUUCUAACAUUUUUACAUC